AUGGAUUUUGGUACAUCUGUUGGGACUGAAAUUGUAAAGGAUUUGAUAUAUGCUGUAACACGUCAAGAUCGUUAUUCUGUCUGCUUCAGCAGUUUUGUUGAAGAUGUUGGAAAAGAAAAACAAAUGUUGACAUUAACAAGGAAAAGUGUACUGGAUAAAGCGGAUAAAGCUAAAAAGAGAACUGAAAAGAUUGCUGAUGAUGUUGAGCAGUGGCUGAAUAAUGCAGAUAUUCUCUUGGAAGAAGUGGAGAUCCUGGAAAAGAAAGCAGAAACAAAAAAAAGUUGUUUUCUUGGUCACUGCCCCAAUUGGAUCUGGCGAUACCGUCUUGGAAAGGAGGCAGCAAAGAAGAAGCUUACCAUAAGAAAGCUCAAUACAAAUAUACAAAAUCAAAUUCUAAAUGCACUAAAAGAUGAUGAGGUUCGCAUGAUUGGAGUGUAUGGCAUGGGAGGCAUUGGAAAAACGGCCUUGGUAAAGGAAGUUGGUAAAGAAGCAGAGCAAAUCUUUGACAAAGUUGUCUUUCUUCCUGUGUCCAGUGCCUUGGAUGUUAGAAAAAUUCAAGGAAAUAUUGCCAGCGCAUUAGAUUUUGAGUUGAAGGAAGAAGAUAUUUCAGUGAGAGCCAAGCGCUUGUAUCUGAGAUUAACUAGUGGACAAAAUAUUCUUAUAAUUCUGGAUGAUGUAUGGCAAAUGCUUGAUUUUGAAGCCAUAGGGAUUCCCUUUGGUGAAAAUUACAGGGGUUGCAACAUUCUCUUGACUACAAGAAGUCUACAUGUAUGUACUAUGAUGCAUUGUCAAAGAAUAAUUCCCCUAACACUCAUAACUGAGGAAGAAGCGUGGGCUAUGUUCCAAAAACAUGCACAUAUAAUGGAUAAAGCAUCUGAAGCCCUAAAAGGUCUGGCACAAGAAAUUACAAAUCAAUGUAAAGGACUCCCAGUUGCAAUCAAAGCUGUAGCUAGCACUUUGAAAGGCAAAAAGAUGGUUGAGUGGGUAGAAGCACUGGAAACAUUGAGAGAGUCUAAACCACUGGAUAUCGAACCGGGUCUGGAAAAUCCUUAUAAAUGUCUACAAUUAAGUUAUGAUAAUUUGAAGAAUGAAGAGGCCAAGUCACUUUUCUUGUUGUGUUCUCUUUUCCCAGAAGAUUCAGAAAUUCCUCUUGAAAUUCUAAUCAGAUUUGGGUUUGGGCUAGGCUUGUUCGAAGAUGUUAAUUCAUUCGAGAGGGCAAGGACCAAAGUGACUGCAACCAUUAAUAAACUCCUAAACUCUGGUUUGUUGCUUCAGGCUGAAGAAAGACCAGCUGUGAUCAUGAAUGACUUGGUCUGUGAUGUAGCCUUGUGGAUAGCAAAGAAAGAAAUUCAUGUCAUUAUGGAUCCAAAGAUGGAUACCAAGACAUUGAAAGAAGAUACAGACAUAAAAGGUACAAUUAAGUUCUUGUAUUGUUAUAACAUAAAUGAAUUUCCAGAUCAAUUGGAUUGUCCAAAUCUUGAGAUUCUAUACAUGUACAAAGACAGCGAAGGUUCUUUUAAAGUUUUGGUCUUGCAUUAUCAUAGAAUUUUAAAAGGAAUCCCGAGUCUAUUGUUGGCACAGUCAAUUCCUUGCUUAACAAAUCUUCGAACCUUAUGCCUAAGAGGAUGCAGAUUGGAUGACCUCUCCUUUUUGGGAAAGUUAGAGAAACUUGAGACUCUUGAAUUCUACAACUGUAUGAUUAAUGAAUUGUCAAAUGACAUAGCAGAACUGAAGAAAUUGAGGUUGUUAGAUGUAUCAUUGUGCAGUAUAGAAGGAAAUCCUUAUGAUGUUCUGGGAAGAUGUUCACAACUAGAAGAGUUGUAUUUUAUAAAAAAUGAUCUUCCAGAAAGGGUAUUAAAUGAUCAAAAUCUGGUCAAAUUCUUUCACAAGAGCAGCUCUUUGUAUAGAUUUCAAAGGUAUCAUUUAGAUAUUGGAAGUUCUGAUUAUAAAUUUAAAGGUGAUAUGAGAUCAAAACUCUUAUCUGUAGACCAUUUUGAUGUCUCCACAUCAAGUGCAGCAAUCAAGGAUCUGGUACAAAGAGCAGAAAUUCUUUUUCUUAGAAACAUAAAGGGAAGUUGUAAAAAUUUUAUCCCUAACAUAGCUCAAAUAGAAGGAAGAAGUACAAAUGAGUUGAUUGAGCUUCACCUUGAUCGUUCUGAUGAGAUGGAGUGUUUGAUUGACACUUCCAAUUUGUUUUGUGUUGGGAUUGUCUUCUCCAAUUUGGUUAAGCUAAGAGUCACAUGGAUGAAGCAUUUGAAGGCACUGUUCCAUGGUCCACCUCCGCCUGGCCUUUUUGAGAAGUUAGAGGAGUUGCGUAUUGCCCAGUGCAGCCAGCUGCGUAGCAUAUCAUCUUUAGAGAAGCUGAACAUGCAAUGUCUUAAGGUCUUAAAGUUUGAGAAUUGCCCCAUGUUGACGUCUCUCUUCUCCCCUGCUGUUAUUCAAAGUUUGGGGCAACUGGAAGUACUGAACAUAAGACGUUGUGAUGGUCUGAAGCAUAUAAUGACAGAUGAAGAUGCAGAGAUUGUUUUAGAUGAUAAUGGUCAACAGAGUUAUAGAUUAAUGUUCACAAAAUUAAAACAUCUUGUUGUCAAAUGGUGUGAAAAGUUGGAAAGCUUAAUCCCAGUCACUUUUUCUAAGGGCCUUAAGCAAUUGGAGUGUUUGGAAAUAGACAAAGCUCCUGAGUUGAAAUAUGUGUUUCACCAAGAUCAGCUAUCUUGUCAAAAUCAAAAUGAAUUACAUGUCAUUGAGUUUCCUGUUUUGAAAUUACUGAAGCUCUUACACUUGCCAAAUAUCAUCAACAUUUGCCCAGAAAGUUAUCAUCCAAUGUUGCCAUGUUUGCAAAACUUAUAUUUGCAGCAAUGUCCCCAGUUAAACGUCAUGUCUGUCAGUCAUUCCAUUUUUGGUUCAAUGAGACAAGAAGGUGAUACAAAGUGGUGGUUGGAGAUUCCAAUUUUCAAAACCUAUGGACCUAAGGCUGUAGCAACUUGUAGCUUUCCUAGAGAUUUUACUGCACCUGUGGUAGGAGAUUUCAAAAUGUAG